CUGUGGACACUGCUGAUGGCUGUUGUCACCAGCGAAACUGCGCGUAUGUGUGUGUGUGUGUGUGUGUGUGCGUGUGUCUGACUGCUAUGUGGCAUACAGGAGGGGGGGAUAGGCUACAGCUGGAAGUAUAUAACCCAGUUUGGACCGACAGAGCAUGUACAAGUCUCUCCACCUGAGGACCUCCGUAAGAAUCAGAGCCACUUCCAACAGCAGCGUCCUGCAGUGAUGAAGUGUAACCAUCUCCUGUCGUGGGCCUUCCUGCUCGUGGCCUCUGGCCCACUACUGGCCCACCCCAUCACAGAAUCUGCUGAGAUGCCCUAUCCAGGACCUGUGUCAGUGGAGGACAGAGGAGUCAACACUCUGGAUGAUCUGUCUCUCUCUGAGCAAGCCUUCCCUCCUCAGGACGGUGCUGGUCUCAGAUAUUCCACUCUGAUAUCUGGGGAGAUCAACAGAGAUGGUGUCAGAACAACAGGCCUGCUUCCUCGGGGGAUGAGAAGAGAGGCCCUACUGGAGAAACAAAGUCUCCUAAAUCCAUUCAGCCGUGUGUUCGGAGUCCGGAAGCAGUUCAGGAAGAGAGCAGGGAAUUCUGAGUGUUUCUGGAAGUACUGUGUAUAAAACUGACAACAGGCAUUAAUGCUACACACAAGAGACAGGGCUUGCACUAAAACAAAAAACCCUUAUCUUGCACUCACAUAUGUACAUGCAGACAAAAUCUACACCAUGCUUGCAUAUACUUUAUGUGGGCAUAAGCAUGUCUAGUGCAUGUACUCAAAUAUACAUAAGCAGGUAUGAUUGAGACAUGUUGCUUGGAGACUUUAAGAUGAUUUAUUAAGAUUGCUUUUAUGUUUAUUGGUGUACACACAUUUCUUAAAAGUCCUCAGUUGACUGAUGUAUGACCAAAUGUCUUUUAAAUGUGAAAGUCAAAGGUUAUACAGCACUGUAUGCUGAA